AUGGGCGGAACUGUUUGUAGCGAAGACACUAUCGUAAUAAUGUGCCUUGCAGGCUCUGCGCCAUCUUGCACCGAUCACGGAACUGAAGGUUUCCAGCCAAAGGGAGAAGGACGAAGGGAGGAAGAAAUGGGAAAGGAGACCUUACCUUGGGGAAUGUAUGUUGACAUUCUUAUGGGCGGUGUAAAGUGAGA